UCAACGCCAGUCGAAAGCUAUGGCUAGAUAUAGAAACACCUUCAUAACGUUUGCGACAGUGACAAUUCUUUUUCUCGUGUCUUCCCUUCCGUCUGGAUUGCUAGUGAACGCAAAAUACACUGACGACCACAGUGAGGCAAGCAAUGCUAGCGACACUCCUGCUCACCACUCACUUGUCACAAAGAAGUAUGGAUUUGUAUGGACCAAGUCAGCCAAACCUUCUCGAAGUUACGAUUUUUCAAACUUCACGGAUGACAUCGAGUCGGUAGACUGCACCAAUGACAGACCCUGCAUUGCUGCCCUGCCAGGAGUCGAGACUGCUCUUUCAUACGGUUCAGACAUUCCCUCUAAACCUUACUGCUACGUGCCGGAUCCAAACUACACGACAGUAGGCCACUGCACUUGUGGGGAACUUCGCUGCGUCUCCUACAGCCGAGAGUACCCGAAUGGCGACCCCUUCUACUACUGCGGUCUGUGUGGUAAUAUGGGGUCUCAGUGCAAAGAAAUACCUUGUACCGACGAACUAGCGGAAUGUCGAGGCGGUUACUGUGAGUGUGAAAACGAUGGCACCUUCUACGAGAUGUCUUCCUGUUUCAUCCCCUUCUACGGGCAGGAUAUAUUGAUUAAUAUCAUCAUCGGUAUCAUCUGCGUCAUGCUGUGCGGCAUUGGCCUGGCCUACAGUUACCACAAGCUGUGCAACCGCCGCCACCGUAGAGGAAGCAUCUACAGCGAGAGAGGGAGUGGUGCUGCCAGACGAGAGUCUCCACCUGACGACACGCCUCCCACUUAUGACGACGUGGUGGAAAAGCUGCCCUCUUACCAGGACGCCCUAAAGAUGUCUGGCACGCAUGAAAGUGAAGAGGGAUUUACCAACCCUGGCUUUGAGGAGGAUGAAGCCUCCUCACUUACACCCACAGCACACAAAGAUUCACUUAACAGUGGCGCCGUCGUCCUCUCCCAGACCAAAGCAACUUUCCAAGCCAAAGCACUGGAUCACACCAACUCUUCAGCUUUGCGUAGUGGUGCUGGAGACGUCAACGAUACAGAAACGAAUGAAAGGGAGAAAUCUAGCAGUACCACGCCACAAAUAACAGAGGAGCAGCGAGAUUUGGGAACACAGCCCAUUGAGCAACUGCUGCACAACGCCCUGCAGGAUCAGCACACCACCACCACUUAACGAGGACCCAACCGUAGGGGCGUUAGCUAUUUUUCUUGCAGUCUGUACUUGAUUAUGUAUACAUGUAGUACAUUAGAUAUACAUAUUUUAUAUUACAAAUGUAUAGUAGUAUAAGUAGUAUGUAAUAGUAGUAGUAGUAGUAGUAGUAGUAGUAGUAGUACAUAGUAGCUGCAUUGGCGGUGAUGGUGUGGCUGUGGUGGUAGCGUCACCUGUGAUGAUUGUAUAUGCAUGAGAUAGUAAGAUGUAGGAUAUUUAUAGGCGCCCGCGUCCUAUAAUGUCGCGAAAAACGAUCACGGGAGGAAGGAAUGGAAAGCUUUCCUCGGGACAUUCCGCAAAAUAAGAGAGAAGCGGAUUUCUUCUGUUUAUAAUAUUUGCUUUUUUUUUUUUUUUAUAUUGUGUAUUUUUUUAUUUUAUUUUAUUUUCAUUUUUUUUUUUUUUUUUACUCUUUCAUUUUUUUUUUUCUGUUCAUGUUUUAAAUCACUUUUAAAUUAUUUGGUUUUCACUGCAUCUUGUGUUUAUCAUAUUUCGCUUUCUGCUCUCUUGGACGUCUCUUAUAUCGUACAGAAAAAUAUAAAUACUUUGCGCAGUAGCGUUAUUACUGGAGCUAUUAUUAACUUAAGGUGAAAGAAAACUAUAUAAAGAAACCUUAAAAAAAAAAAAAAAAAAGU